AAGAAACAGAAGAGAGUGCAGAGUUUAGUCUAUUUAAAAAAAAGAGAGAGCAAACAGGAUUUCAAACAGAGAAAACAGAUGGCAGGUCUUGGAGCAAUCACGGGACUGGUGUUUUUGCUUGGAUUAUUCUCACAGGCAUCAGGCAGCACAAUGAGCGUGAGUGUUUUUACGGUGACAUCGAAGAGUGCGGUGCUGCGCUGGAGCAGGUAUGAAGGUGCAUUGUCCUACAGAGUAACAGCUUCCCUCAGGAACUCUCCGGUCCCCGUGGUCUUUGCCAGCUUUGGACAGAACACUGUUAUGGGCUCCGUUAAUUCCCUGAAUCCCAACACUGCAUACACCUUUCGUGUCGAGGCCCUGGGCAGCCUCAUGAACAUGCUUGCAGACGCUAGUGUGGAUAGAUCUACUGCUCCCGAUGUGCCCAGCAUUGAGAUGGCCUCCUCUAAAGAAAGCCAGAGUAUCACUGUGGAAUUCACUGAGGUCUCCGGUGCAACUUCCUACAUCCUGCGCGCUGAGACAAACGACGGGUCUUUCUUCUCAGAGAUCGCAGUACCCGCGUCUCCGGGGACUGUCACCAACCUCCGGCCAUACACAGACUACACUCUCAGUGCCAUGUCUGUCAACAGUGCCGGCAGAAGCCAGCCAUCCAUCUCCAUGGAGGCAAAGACAGUCCUUCCUCCUCCUCAGUUCAACACCAGCUCUCCCAGUAACAGCAGCAUCCUGGUGAAGUGGGAGCCAGUCAACCAUGCUGUCCUCUACAGCCUCAGCAUCAUCAAAGACGGCUCAUACAGCCAAAGUCGCAUCAACACCACAGACACUCAGGUUCUCUUUCAAGACCUGGAGGCAGGAACCCUAUACUGUAUUAAGGGAAACGCCUGGAGUCCCGAGAACAUUCCCGGAGAUGACUUCACAAUUUGCCAGAUCACACGUUCUCCCACUCCUCAGUCUGUUGCUCUGGUGGUGACAAGCACCCCUGAAGCAGGUAUUGUGGUGUCGUGGGACCCAGCCAAGGGUGCAGAGCAGUAUGUCGCCGUAAGCUUGACUGGCCAGAACUGCUCCUCGUCUAGUAACUCCUGCACCCUGAUUCCUUUGAGCUGUGGAGAGACCAACUCUGUCACAGUGAUCGCUGUCAACAAGGGUGGAAGCAGUGCCCCCUCUUACCCAGUUCAGAUUAUUUCAUUCCCUUGUCCCCCACAGCCUAUCUGGGUGGAGGAGGUGGUGGCUGGAAACUGCUCUGUGAAGUGGAGCUCAGUCCCUCAUGCAGAGUACUACACUACCUUUAUUAAGAGUGAUGAUGGCAUCGAGGGGACGUGCAACUCAACUGAGCCUGGCUGUCAGUUUCACUGCAGUUGUGGAUACUCCUACAUCAUGAGUGUGUUUGCACACAACCAGGCAGGACCCAGUCCCCCGGGACCUCUCGUCAACCACACAACCUUGCCUUGCUGUCCAGAGCUCACAGCGGUUUCUGCAGUUUCCUGGGAGACGCUGAUGAUCCAGUGGUCUCCUGUGCGUGGUGCGGAUCUGUAUGAGACUCGUGCUGUGGAUGCAACAGAAACGGUCCUGUGUAACGACACAGCGCCCAGGUGCGCCCUCUCUGACCUCACUUGCAACAGCAGGUACAGCGUAGUUGUCAUCCCAUGCAACGACAUAAGUGGCUGUAACCUCACCUGCAGUUCACAAACGCACGAAACAGCUCCAUGCAUGCCUGAGAUCAUCAGUGUGAGCCAGAGUAACUUGUCUAGUGUGCUGGUUAACUGGACUUCUGCUAACACAGCUGCCAACUACACAGUCAGUGUGAUCGGCACAGUGGGCGACAUGCAUUUCUGUCACUCAAACGGCACUUCCUGUCAGGUGCCCACCUUGCCCUGCGGCUCCGUCUAUGAAGUCAGUGCUACCGCGUCAACUUCAGCGGGAAAGAGCAUGCCCAGCUACACCGUUCCCCUGGAAACAGCACCUUGUUGCCCAGACAAUCUCACGGUGAGCCAGGUGACUCAGGCCAUGACCAACGUGACCUGGUCGGACGCUAUCGGCGCGCAGACCUUCAUCGCCUCCCUGUCUUCACCACGAGGCAAUGCGCAGUGUCACACCAUGGAAACAGGAUGCGUGAUGGGAUGCAUCACCUGCGGCACUAACUACACCGUCGCCCUGGAAGCGAUCAGUCGCACCGGGCACAAGGCGGAGUGCACCUAUCAUGGGUUUUCUGCCAGUGAGUGCUGUCCCUCGGGCAUCCGUCUCUUCAGAGGAACCAACAACACGCUGCGUGUGCGCUGGAGGUCGAGCAGCGCCCUCACCAGUUACACGGCGGAAGUGACGGGGAGCGACAGCACGCACGUGUGCAGCCCGGCGGCCGGAAGCAGCACCUGUGAUGUGUCGGAGAUCGUGUGCGGGCAGGUGUACUCAGUGGUCGUCGCCCCGCUGGAUCGAGACGGAGCCAAGGUCCCGUUCUGCAACAGCAGGGUGUAUUCAGUGUCGUGUGUGGGCAGCAAUGUCGGAAUGGUUCUCUAUCGAGGAAGAAGAUAAUGGAUGUCCUUCAGACACUGGUAAUAUUGGACGACUGGAUUCUUCAAAACUGCCCUCAAACCUGUAUCAAAAACUGUGUGCAUUGGCUUAUGAAGUAAGCUAAUGAACAAAUUGAAUGGAAUAAUGCAAUUAGAAUUCAACAUGUCCAAUCACUGAUGUUUGUGUAUUUAAAUUGCUUUAAAGAUUUGUAAUUUAUGUCUGUCGGCCAUAAAUAUGGUUUGAUUUAGAAGUGACACUGAUUAAUGGGAUUUUGAUACAAUAUGCAAUUGCCAUACAAUUCUUCAAAUUCAACAAGCAAUGAAUGUGAAAUAUUAUUAUUAACUUAAUUUUCAGGGAUCCCUUUUGUUAUCUCAGGGAUUUUCACAUUAAAUAUUGUGUCAAAUUAUUUUCUGCAAUUGGAAUUUUCUAUUCUCCCCCCCAAAAUCAGUUGAUUGAAAAUUAUUUUGGUGAAGCACUUCUUUUCUAACAUCCAAACAUCUCACUUUGUAAAGUCUAAUUUGCCAGUGGUUACAUCUAUGCAUCAGUUUUCAGGAAUAAUUGACAUAAAAUGAAGCUAACAGGAAUUUCCCAGAUUUUAAAACAGGAGGAUCAAUCUGAGAGCUAAAUGAACUUAAACUCCACGAAGUAUGCGGUGCCUCUGAGGGAAAUUGAAAUAUCUUUAUUAAUUGAACUUCCCUUGGAUGUUUGUCAAAUACAUUAUAUGUUGGGAUGUGAAUAAACAUCUAUAUUCUGACAAUAAAAUUCAUUCUCUGCAUUAAUAA